AUGGCACGGACAAUGAGACCCGAUGACAUCAACCCCCGGACAGGGCUGGUGGUGGCUCUGGUCAGCGUCUUCUUGGUGUUUGGCUUCAUGUUCACAGUGUCUGGCAUCAAGGGAGAGACCCUAGGUGACAUCCCACUGCUGGCUAUCGGGCCAGCCAUCUGCCUGCCGGGCAUCGCUGCCAUUGCCCUCACCAGAAAGACCGACGGCUGCACCAAGUGGCCGAAGAACAAGUGUCCAUGCUGCAAGCAAGUGAAAGACCGGGAUGUCAUGGAGCUGCUGAGGACCCCCUCAGACCUAGAAUCUGGCAAGGGGAGUUGUGAUGAACUGGCCAAGAAAGCAUACCAGAAGGACAAGAAGGUGCUGCGGGGUGAGGACUCUGUGUCCAUCUGCACCACCACCACCACCAUGGGAGAGUGCAAAAACCUCAUCAGAAAGGUGGAUCAGGAGGAAAUGCUGAGAUACUUGGAGACCUGUUACCCAGAGAUGCCAGGGAAUGUGUUCGUGGCAGACAGUUCUGUGUGCAGUGCCUUGGAGAGGAAGAGCUCUUCUCCCACCAAGGAUGAUACUGCUUGCCCAGACAUCGAAGACAACAUUUUUGUUGCUCCUAAAGACAGCAUCAUUGUCUGCUCUUACAAGGAGAACAGCCCUUAUGACAGAUACUGUUGUUACAUAAACCCCACUGGAGUCAACUCGGACCAGGAGACCAUAGUGUGA